CGACCAUACUGAUAUGUAACUUUAAUGAUAUAUAAUUAAUGCUAAUUAUCGAUAUCUUUUUGAAGGACUCCUGUCGUUAAAGAAUUUUGUAAAAUGGCUGGUACAGAGACAAUUCAUAUCACAUCUUUGAUGACACUCUGUCUGAUGUUUUAUGGAGUACCUGCUCAACAAUGUGCAACUGAAACUUCCAUCUAUGGAAUGAUGCUGAAACAGCAUGUUUUUAAGAAAAUCACGACAACAAACUGGGCUGCACCUGCAUUUGACUGUAUAAAGGCCUGCAACAAUGACAUCAGAUGCCAAAGCUUUAAUUAUGUUAUUUCCCAAGAAAUGUGUGAGCUGAGCAACCGUACAAAGGAGGCAAGACCUGAAGAUUUUGUGGGUGACUCUGACAGGUUUUAUUAUAGACGUCAUAAGAAAAGAGUUGCUCUUGGUUCUAUCCCCGAGUUACCUGCUGAAUCAUGUAAAGAAAUCAAAGCGAGCGAAGGAGUAGAAGCAGUCAGUGGCAAAUACUGGUUUGAUUCUAUCAACCCUCAACCAAGUGUACUUGCUUACUGUGACAUGGACACAGAAGGUGAGUCAAGUGAUGCGUGUAUUGACUAAAUGACACAGGAAGUUUUAAUCUUGGAAGAAACAGGGUCGAGAAAAAGUAAGACUCACUCUUCCCAGAUUUUCUAAAUUCAUUGAUAAGGUAAAUAGCCCUGCAUUCAACAUACACACAAAUUUACUACAGUCUCAAGGAGCUUAACGAAACUAAUUGCAUGUUGAUCCAUGGUUUAAAGCGUGUCAUAUGUUAGUGAUACAUUCUCAUCCUAUUUGAAACAGCUUUUCACUAUCAAAGUAGGGCAAUAGCUGGAUUUCCUGGUUUUCUUCACCCCUCUUGCCAAACAAUUGAGUAUAAGUAGAUUCACCGUUGUACUUAUUUAAUGAGUGAUAGCAUAGCUAGAAGGAGUUGUAGCACAAAGGAGUCAGUUGAUCAAUAAACUGUAAACCUUUACAAAUUAUUCAUGAAGAACAUUGUGACUGCAAUGGCUGCUACAGCGAUGAACUGAUCUUUCCACCUUAGAGUUGAAGAAGUGCUCGUAGAUAAAACAAGACUAUUUGGUAUACAGCAAAGAUGGUGAAUACAAUGGAAUUUGAUCCAUCGAUAGCUUUGGCACCUUUUAACUGGAGCAUUAUCAAAAAUCAUGCGGAAGGGUUUCAAGUGCGAAAAGUGUUUUUGUUCUGCGAGUUAACUUGAAUUACAUUUAUUUUAUGAUAACUAUAUCAACACAAGCCAUCUGUUAGUAGUUCGGGAGAAAAAAAUUACCUCAACAGGAUUCAAGCACAGGAAAUUCAGACUACUGCAUCUGAAAUCUUACCACUUGGACAUCCAACAAGUGAGGAAUUAUUCAUGAAGAACUCACAGAUACAAUGAAAGUACCAACUGCCGAUUGAUUGAUGACCUUCAAGUGUUCCACGUAAAUAAUGUUAAUGAUUAUUUGUGAAUAAAUGAUUGCUGUAAAAUGUAUGUUGUGUCACACAACAUACAAACUCCUUAAAAUAUUUUUUCAACCUUUAUAAUAUGAAAUAUUAAUAUCACGAGUUGGCUUAA